AUGAUCGUCCGAUAUUAUAAGAGUUUUUCAGCAAAGCGAAUUUAUAUAUGUCCUUAUCCCGGAUGUACUUUGCGCACGAACAAUUUCCAGCGAUAUAUAAAUCACAGGAAAACACACGCCAAACCAUUUGUUUACCAGUGCAAAGAACCCAAUUGUGGGCAAAACUACAGUUAUAGCAGAACACUUGGCUAUCACAAGAAAACAAAACAUCAGCCAUCGUAUAAAUUUUUAAAAUAA